AUGUCCAUGUGCCUCACAAGCAAGGCAGCGCACCUUGCCUGGUGCUUGGCCCUUAUGGUCGCGGUGCCCGUGCAGGGCUUACGACCAGCCAUUGACAAGGCAUGGACGACAGCCAUGUCUGAGGCCACAAGCGCGCAAGACAAGGAUCAGGGGAUGACGGAAGGAGACAGCUGCUGCUGCCAAGCAGCUCUAGGGGAUAGCCGGUUUCAGAUGGAGGGAGGUAGUUGCGAGAUCCUGAAGCACGAACACCCAAGUCGACCUCACUGGUUUUGGCAGACUGAGAAGCGAUGCUGCUGGCCGCAGAACCAGCUCUUCUGCGUCAUGCCGAACCUGCUCGACCUCUUGGGAGGCUUCGGCUCCCAUGGAGGGGUCGUCAGCGAGGAGAAGUGGUGCCCCACUCGGAGCUCUCCCGCUGGAAAUGUGCGGGUUCCCGACCUGCAGGCUGCUAGGACCAAGCUCGAGUCCGAGCGCCGCAUGACCAAGUCCGUCAUCUUCAUCGCCGCCAAGCUCGCCUGGGGGCUUGGAGCAGCGGGGUUCGAGGGCAGCCACACUGGGGACGUGAAAGACAUCAUCGACCAAGCGCGGGAUGCUCAAAGUGCCGUGAGUGCCGUGGCGGGAGCAACGGCGCCCACGGACGGAGUUCUCUCGGGUCCCGGUGGCGAAUGCCCAGGGGGUGUUAGCUGGGAUUACAAAGGCAGCAAGACGGGGUUGUCCGCGCGGUUGCAGGUUGCCUGGGAGGCCUUUGGACUCUGGGACGGGAACUUGCACGAUGACUGGCUUGUCCUUCAGCGAGUUGAUGAAAAGUGCCACUGGGAGAUUUAUGAUCCGGAGGACGCUCCGCGGCCCCAUUGCAGUACCUUCCUGAAGCUGAACGUGAAGGGGAGGCAGGCGAACAUAUGUUUCAAGCUGCAGGAGAAUGACAGGCCGCGUGUGGUGGGCAUCCAUGAUCCCCAGUUUGACGCGUACAAUCCAGAUGUUGGAGUACGCCAGGUCGAGUGGUACUGGGAACAGAAGGUCGAAGGCAAGGUGAAGCGAAAGCAAGGAUGCUACACUCUCAUGGGCGCAAACCUACAUGAGGUCAGCCCUUGCCCGGAUUACGUCCUCAAGGAGCUUGGGGCCUAUUGUCACGGAGUUUAUUGCGUCGGCACUGCCGGGAAGAGGAUCCCGUGCCCUUCAGACAUCCGUUGUCCCUAG